AUGAUUGUUCUGGGACUUUUUCGAGUCAUAUUUGUGAUCUGGUGCGCAUUGAGCACCGUGAGCAAUGCGUGGAAUCUUGACAAGGAGCAGCCGCCUCCUAAAAAUUCUCUGGGUGUGAGGCUCGAUUUCUACCUCGCGAAUGCUUGGCCGAUACCACUGUUAAAGAAGGGCAAGCAAAUUAGCCGGACUUUCCUAUGGAGUAGCCAUCUCAAAUUCGACAGCGAGGUCAGCAAACUUACGGACGCUCAACUCUGGCAAAUGGCACAUGAUGGAUACUGGGAGAUGUUCGAGAAUAUGAAGCUGUACGACAUCACCAAUAAAAGAGACAGUCCCAGAGCCUUUACUGUUCUCGCUGUUGGCAAUGAGAUAUUUCUCUCUUCUUCAAUGAAGGGUGGAGGUAAUUUUGCAUCUGCUUACCCCCGAACAAGGGUUUCCAAGUCUCUUGACCUCUGUCAAAUUACUUUCAAUACCCGUGGGGGCGAAGGUACAAAUGGGCACAAAAAUUCAGGAAAUUGUGGCGAGGUGAUGAGUGCUCAAAUGUACUACACUACAGACGACAAUGAAAACACUCCCUUAAAAACGAAGGAUGCAAGAGUUUGCACAGUGGUUUUAAACCACGCUGAUAUACCUCAAAACACCGAUCCUUGUUCAGACAAAAGAACAUGGGGAUGCAACUUGUUUGUCGAUGAGGAGGGUAUGCAAAAGCUGGACGUGAAAAUCACCCCAGAGUCCUAUGAUUUGAACAAGAUCAUGGGCAAACCGGUCAUUAGCCAGAUCCCGUUAUGCGCUUCGGCUAACACGGGCUUGGUCAGCGAGUAG